ACACACAUAUCUCUUUCUUCUUCGCUAGGGCUCCAGAGGUCAAACUCAAAACACUUUACAUCCUAAUAACAUUACAGUGUAUAUUGUAAUGAGGGAGGUUGAGGUACCUAAUUGGCUUAAGGAAUUGCCUCUGGCACCUGUGUUUUACCCGACUGAUACCGAGUUUUCGGAUCCGAUUGCGUAUAUUUCCAAGAUUGAGAAAGAGGCUAGUGUGUUUGGUAUAUGUAAAGUCGUUCCGCCCUUGCCAAAACCGUCGAAAAAGUAUGUCGUUGCAAAUUUAAACAAAUCCUUAUUAAAGUGCCCGGAGUUGGGGAGUGAUGUGAAAGUGAAUAAUGCGGUUAAUGAUGGCGAGGCUCGUGCGGUUUUUACAACUAGGCAUCAAGAAUUGGGCCAUAACAAAAGAACAAAAGAGGUCGGGUCAGGUGCAGGGUUAGGGUCAGGGUUAGGGUCGGGUCAACUAUAUUCGCCUGUGGUCAACAAGCAGGUAUGGCAGAGCGGGGAGAUUUAUACAUUGGAUCAGUUUGAAUCGAAAUCCCGGGCUUUUGCUAGGAGUCAGUUGGGUAUGGUUAAAGAUGUUUCUCCGUUGGAUGUAGAGUCGCUUUUCUGGAAGGCUGCUUGUGAAAAACCGAUAUAUAUUGAGUAUGCGAAUGAUGUACCGGGUUCGGGUUUUGGUGAGCCAGUGGGCCCGACUAGGUUUCUGCGUAAGCAUAGGAGGAGACGGGGAGUGGAUAGAUAUAAAUAUAAUACGGUUUGUUCUCAUACGAGUGAACAAGUAGACGAUAAAGUUAACGAUUUUGAUAGCCGGAAAGGUGAAUCGGUAAUGUGUAGCUCUAGUUCUUCGGUAAAUACGUUAAAGAAAGAUACCGAUUUACUGAAUAAUGAGAUUGAAGGCAGUUCUGGAUGGAAACUUUCUAACUGUCCUUGGAAUUUACAAGUGAUUGCACGAUCACCGGGAUCGCUUACGCGUUUCAUGCCAGACGAUAUUCCGGGUGUCACGUCUCCUAUGGUGUAUAUUGGCAUGUUGUUCAGCUGGUUUGCGUGGCAUGUUGAAGAUCACGAGCUUCACAGCUUAAAUUUUCUUCAUAUCGGCUCUCCAAAGACCUGGUACGCAGUCCCGGGGGAUUACGCGUUUACGUUUGAGGAAGUUAUUCGUUCAAAGGCUUAUGGUGACAUAGAUCGGUUAGCUGCGUUAACGCUCUUGGGAGAAAAGACUACUCUUCUAUCACCCAAAACUGUUGUUGCGUCUGGUAUUCCGUGUUGCAGGUUAGUACAGAACCCCGGUGAAUUUGUAGUAACGUUUCCGAGGGCUUAUCACAUAGGAUUUAGCCAUGGUUUUAAUUGCGGGGAAGCUGCUAAUUUCGCAACUCCAAAAUGGCUUUCGGUAGCUAAGGAAGCUGCGGUACGUAGAGCCGCCAUGAAUUUUCUUCCGAUGCUUUCACAUCAACAAUUGCUUUACCUACUAACAAUGUCAUUCAUUCCGAGGGUGCCUCGAUCCUUGCUUCCGGGAAUGCGAACCUCUCGUUUAAAAGAUCGUCAGAAAGACGAGCGUGAGCUUCUGGUGAAGAAGGAAUUCAUCGAUGACAUUUUAAACGAAAACAAAUUGUUAAAUUGCAUUCUUCGGAAAAAUCCUUCUUACCGUGCAGUCCGAUGGGAUCUUGAGUCCUUGUCACCAUUUGUUAAUAAAGAAAACGUUCAUGUUGAAAACGAUAAUAAUUUGGGUGUGGACACUAUUGUUCAUAUAGAAGACGAUGACAUGUCGAGUGAUUUCCAAUUCGAUUCCGGGUCGUUACCGUGUGUGGCUUGUGGUGUUCUUGGUUACCCUUUUAUGUCGGUUAUACAACCAUCAGCAAAGGCAGUUAUCGAUGAUUUAACCGUCACGGGCCAUGGCGCUGCUCAGGCCCAUGAGGGUGAAACCGAAACCGAAACCAAAUCGGUUGAUGUUGACAACGGAUGGAACAUGUGUAGCGGGUAUCUAAGACCCCGUAUAUUCUGUUUAGAGCAUGUUAGUAAAAUCGAAGAGCUGUUGAACUCUACGGGUGGAGCAAAACUGCUUAUAAUAUGCCAUUCAGAUUUUCAGAAAAUUAAGGCGCAAGCUUCAGUCAUUGCAGAGCAGAUUGGUACCACGUUUAGAUAUAACGAUGUUCAAGUAGACGAUGCGACCCGUGAUGAUUUGGAUCUCAUUAAUCUCGCAAUCGACAACGAACAAGAAGAAGAUGAAUACGUAGAAGACUGGACUUCGAAAUUGAACGUUAAUAUUCGCCAGUCUGUUAAAUUCCGGCCUAAAUUAUCAGCUGAUAAGAUACAUCAUGCUUUGAAUAUGGAUGCGUUAUUUUCUGACACGAUUCCCAACACAAGCGUUGGCUUGCAUGCAAUGAAUUUUAAGUGGCAAGCUACGAAAUCCCGCUCAAAUAAAAAAUCAAACCAGUCAAUCAAAAAAUUGCCGAAGACCGUUUCUGUGGAAAACGAUGUCGAGUUCAAAGAGAGCGUUUCUGAAGCGCAAAUGUUUAAAAAAGGAGGGACGUUAAUUCAGUAUAAAAGAAGAAUCUUUAAGUCAAAACCACAAGACCCGAAAGUCAACUUGCAAAAUGAAUUGGUAACCAAAAACGGUUCGGUGGUGCAUGAAAUGACGCAACAAGGGUCUGAGUUGACAAAGCUUGAUGCAUCCUCUACUGAUGAACCUGUUACUGAUUCGGAUGUUAGGGUAGAGAAAGGUAAGUUUAGUGAUGUAUAUGACGAAAAUACCCCUGCUUCGAGUUCAACAAGUGGAAGUAAAAGGAAGAGAGAAGCAGAGUUAUUACAAAAAGAAGAAAAAUCUACUUUUGAUGGAUUUAUAAAAAGCCCGUGUGAAGGAUUAAGACCUCGAAGCAGAAAAGAUUCGCUUAAAGAUGGUAUUUUUAUCGACACGAAAACAAUCCCGGAAAAACCCACAAAGAAAUCAAAAGUUCCAGGUGUCGAAGAAAAACUCGCAAAGAAACCAAAGGUCGAUAAAAAUGGACGUGGGUCCCACAAGUGCGAUCGUGACGGUUGCAAAAUGAGUUUCAAGACAAAAGCCGAGGUAAACCUACAUAGAAAGAACAUGUGUCCCCAUGAAGGGUGUGGGAAGAAGUUCACUUCACACCGAUAUGCAGUACUCCAUUUGCGUGUUCAUGAUGACGACAGGCCGCUAAAAUGCACUUGGAAAGGUUGCAAAAUGACAUUCAAAUGGGCCUGGGCCCUGACCGAGCAUUUACGUGUCCACACCGGAGAGAGACCGUACAAAUGCAAGGUUGAAGGGUGUGGGCUCACCUUUAGGUUUGUUUCUGACUUUAGCCGACACAGAAGGAAAACCGGGCAUAAUGUAAAUGUAAAGUCGUGAAAAUGGUUGGUUUCGUAGAUCAGCGUUUGUGAAUCAUGGGUGGCGGGUUUAUUGAAAACGAAGCAGAGUGAAAAUUUGUGUGUGAGUUAGUUCAUUUUUUUAAUUACUAAGGUUAGUGUUAGACUGGUAAAUUGUGUAGCUAGUGAGGGAUUAUUCAUUUAAUUGAUCUACAAGAACUUGACAAGAUUAUGUUACAUUGAAACUUUUGUA